CAUGAAACUAAACUUAAAUAGAUAAGGAAAACACACACAGAACGUAGAGCUCUAAAAUGAGCUGCACUUUGAGCUUCCAAAUUCCCAAAGCUCGACCACUUCCUUUCUCCCCGUCUCACUGCAAAUCUCCUUGUCUCUUCACCACUGCUAAACACAAACCAUCGCACAAUGACAAGCCCUGCAGGAAGACACCUGCAUGCAUUAAGCACCAGAAGCUCUUCCCCGAGUUCAGUCUAAAGAAAGCCUCUUUGGCAAUUCAAGUUGGAGCCCUUUUAGCAGCCGUUGAGCAGCCAGCCUUUGCUGUUACUGGAGUGAACAACGAAGAAGAUCUUACCUCGACUUUGAUUCAAUUGGGAAUCGUGGCAUUUGGGUACUUCAUUGUCAUGCCACCGAUCAUUCUGAACUGGCUUAGGAUAAGAUGGUACAGAAGAAAACUCUUGGAGAUGUAUUUUCAGUUUAUGUUUGUCUUCAUAUUCUUUCCAGGCGUGCUACUUUGGGCACCCUUUUUGAACUUCAGGAAAUUUCCAAGGGAUCCAUCCAUGAAAUAUCCUUGGUCUACACCACAGGAUCCUUCAAAAAUUAAAAAUGACUAUUUGAAGUACCCGUAUGCUGAACCCGAAGAUUAUGCUUGAGAUAAAGGAAACAGAGCUUUGUCUGCAUCAUACCAGAAACCAAGAAAUUGGAAUUCUUGAAACUUCUCUGUAAUAGUGAGAAAAAUUAUGGGAAACUUGUUGUAAUUUUUUAUACAAACUUUGUUUUCAAUCAACUUGCUUAAUUUACUUCCAA